GUUUUCCCUUUUAUGUUCGGUCGUGUGGAAUACCUGUACCUUCGUUAGAAUUUCUUGUGGCUCAGGAUCAGUGUGAUACAGAACUUUUGAUAGUAUUGUCAUUUGCAUAACUACAGAUGGCGUCUCCGUCCGACUGGAUCCCCCAGAGUCCGAGCGAGGUCGACUGGCGACGAUAUGAUGGUCAGGAGGUCAAGGUGGCAAUAGGGCGCGUGCUACUGGGUUUCAAGCUGAACGUGGGCGCGGAUGUCGCUAACCCUCUCCGACCGCCGGCGCCAGACCGCGGUUUUCCGACCGUCAGGGGGAUUUUGGUGGUUAAGGUGCCAUAUGACUUGGCAAACAUCGACCGCGAGGCAACGGGUCUACAGCUGGCUUCGUUAGGUGUCGUCCUCACUGCGGUCUUCCUGCUUCUGGCCAUCAUGUCCAGUCCGCUCGCCCUUCUGCUGGAUUCCCUCGCCAACUCUGCUAGGGAGACGCAGACGGUGGACGAGGCCCUCCGUCAGGUGUCCUGGGCGAAGCUUCUGAAGAGUCUUGACCUCGAGGAAGGGUGGGCGGCCCUCCACACGCCUGCAAACUGCCGGGAGAAGGUGGUGUGCGAAGUCCACAGGUUGCUCCGAAGGGCGUCUCCGCACUCACUCCGCUUAGUGAAGGCGUUCGUACCUCACCUGAGCGGGACAUCGAAGUACAGGAAAGCCGCCACCGCAGGGCUCGGAGGGCGUGACUUUCAGAUGGAAAAUAAUUGGAACAUAAGACUCUUACAUUCUGAAUCAACAUACACAUAG